CGUCUCCUCGUCGCGUUCCCCAAACAUCACCAUGAUCCAACGUCGCCUAGUCCGUCGACAAAGCUCACUCGCAGCAGCGAAGAAGAUCUUGGCGCAAGCCGACAGCGAUCCAGACGUCGAAAACAAGAAGUCAGCGUCUAGACCACGUUCGGUAGCCAACAAAAAGUCUACACCUGUUUCACCACCGGCAUCCAAGGACGCGUCGGAAGAAGAUUUCAAUCCAACUCUUCAAGAAGAUGACGGCGACGAUGUGAAGGACGUCAUUGAGCCGCCGCCAAAGAGGCGCAAGGUUGAGAAGAAUCCCAAGGCUCGAAAAGCAGACACUGCGAAACUCCAUGCGCGUCUCUUCGGUCCACCGCAGCAACAGCCGGGGACGCAAGAUGCCUGCUGCUUCGGUCCACCGCAGCAACAGCCGGGGACGCAAGAUGCCUGCUGCUCGCCCGCCGCAUCAAGAACGCACGCCACCUCCUACCAUCGCCCUCUCCUCCUAGACGGUCAACCAGGCCGACUCGGGCGCGAUGCUCUCCUCGGCUGGUUCGACUCCAUCAGCACAACCCGCGGCAUGCCCUGGCGCAAGCCCUGGAUCGAUCCUGCAGAAACCUCGCCAAACGACGCCGCCGACCUCCGCAGCGCCCUCGAAAAGCGCGCCUACGAAGUCUGGAUCAGCGAGAUCAUGCUCCAGCAGACCCGCGUCGCCGUAGUAAUCGACUACUGGAACAGAUGGAUGGCCCGCUGGCCCACGAUUCAGGACCUCGCGGCCGCUGAGCCUGAAGAUGUGCUGAGCGCCUGGCGCGGGCUGGGCUACUACAGCCGUGCCACGAGGAUUCACGAGGCUGCGAAGCUGGUCGUCGCAGACCCGACCUGGCGGGGCCUGAUGCCCUCCGAUACAGCCGAGCUUGAGGCCAAGGUCCCAGGCGUGGGGCGGUACACGGCCGGUGCCGUCGCUGCAAUUGUGUUUGGCGAGGCCGCGCCCAUGGUUGAUGGGAAUGUGCUCCGCGUGCUGAGCAGACAGUUGGGGCUUUAUGGGAAUGCUAAGACGGAUAAGGCUGUUAUUGAUUUGCUCUGGGCAGCUGCAGAUGCGCUCGUCAAGGCGGUUGCAAGAGACGGAACCGACGAAGAUGGCGCUGAGCUUGCUGAGAAUGCGCCGCUGAGUGACCGUCCUGGACGAUGGGGACAGGCCUUGAUGGAACUCGGGAGCACCGUCUGCACACCGAAGCCAAACUGCGGCGAGUGUCCCGUCACCUCCACAUGCCGUGCGUACGCAGAGGGUCUCCAAAUAGCAGCCAAGAAGUCGAGGAAAGCGGCUGAAAAGGUCGAGGAUAUCGAGGACCUGUGCCCAGUUUGCGAACCUUUUGAAGAAGCCACAGGCGAGACCACCCCCUCUGAGGAAGAUUCCGAAGCUGAGUCGCUCAAGCGGAAGCCGGCAAAGGGGGCUAAGAAAGGCGUAAAGACACAACCGGGGCCAAAGCAGGCGACAUUAUCCGCCUUUUUCACCUCGAAGACGGCAAAGAAGAAGGAGGAAGCGCAGCCUAGGGUUGCCCAAAUUGAUGCAAGAACACUAGAAAUCAUCGCGGAACACGCUCGAAAGUUCCCCCUCAAGGUGGUCAAGAAGGCAGUUAGAGAGGAAGAGGCCCUGGUCUGCGCAGUCCGGCGUAGCGACGACGGUCGAUUCCUAAUACACAGGCGUCCGGAGAAGGGACUCCUCGCCGGGCUGUGGGAGUUGCCCAGCCACACGCUGCCGUCUACCAGCGGCAACACCGCGACGUCGCGGAAGAAGGACGCUCAGGGAUAUAUCUCGGGACUCAUCGGCGGUGGUGGAGACAAGAAGUGGAGGCUGAAACAUGCUGGGGAGCUGGGCAGCGUGCCGUGGCUUUUUUCUCACCUGAAGCUUACGAUGCAUGUGCAUCUCUUCGAGGUAGAUGGCUCUGAAGACCUCGUCUCGUCGCACGCGCGACAUCGAUGGGCUACGGUUGAGGAGAUUGAUGAAGAGUCUAUGGGGACGGGGAUGCGCAAGUCCUGGGCUUUGGUGAGGGAGAGGUACGAGUAGUGUAAAUAUGAAUGGAUUGGCCCGCGUUAUGCGUCGGCAACCAUGUAAACAGCACAAAUUUCCAAAUGGGCCAUUAAACCUUACCCUGUUUGAAGGUACUUCAUCUUAGGUAACUUCGAUUUGGGGAAUCGUAUGAGAUGUAACUCUGCUUAGUUGCACUUAUGGAACUGCGGGCUUCCAGUGC